AUGGCUCUAUCUGCUCUCGCGCUCGUGGUCUCUUCCGAAGCAGCUGCCAAGCGCGAGCACUCUGAACGUCACCUCAUUCUGGGUGGCCAAGUGGUCCCCAGCGGUACGAAAACGUACGUCACUGGUGUUCGGUCAGGCCCCGAUAGCGGAAACGUCUGCGGUGGUAACCUCAUCUCGCCCACGCAUGUGCUCACGACGUCUCACUGCCAGACCUACGACGUUCGCUGGGUCUCAAUUGGCUCGCACUAUCGCAAUGGCACUCGCGACGGCGAGCAGAUCAAGGUCGUGGCCAUUAUGAGCCACCCGCAGUACUCGGAAGGGAUCAAGUAUGCCAACGACGUGAUGGUUCUCCAGCUAGAGCGACCAAGCACGUUUCAACCCGUCAAGAUGGCUGCGGCGGACGACUCGGGCUUUCAGUCGGGUGCGUGGGCGACGAUCAUAGGAUGGGGCUCGGAUGCAGAGGUGAAUGGAACUUACCCGGACGAGUUGCACCGUGUGGACGUUCAGCUAGUCAGCGAUGCAACAUGUGCGGCUCACGUCUCUAUUGACGCGAGCAUGGUUUGCGCCGGCGGCGAGUUAAACCAGGACGCGUGCUUUGGCGACUCGGGAGGACCACUAGUGAUUGAAAGACCUGGCAUCGAUGGCACGGUGGAGGACGUGCUCAUUGGGCUGCCGAGUUGGAGCAAGAACGAUACGUGUGGAAGGGCAGGCUAUUAUGGUGUGUACUCUCGUGUGUCGGCAGCCCGCGCGUGGAUCGAUUCGAUCAUCAGCCGCGAUUUCGCAAGUGAGGGUGGCCACCUUUGCUAA